AUAAAUGUUAGUUUAGAUGAAAAUUCCAACAAUAGUUUAUGUCUGCCGGAAGAUUCAAUUAGUGAUAUUUCUUCAUAUAACGAAAAUGAGACAUCUGUUUUAGAUGAUAUUCAAGAUCACCGAGAUAAAGCUGAAUCACAUUUUGCAGAAGGAAAUUACGUAAAAGCACUAGAGAUUUGGGAAAUCAUUCUUAAAGAUCCUCGACAUACGCCAAAAGAUCGGAAUUGA